GCCGGGAGUGAGUGAGGUGGAUGGAGGUGCGUGCGGGAUGGAUUAGAUUUGUCUCACACAUCGUGCUCAACGCGGGAGUGUGUUGCAAUUACGUGUGUGCGAGAUUUGGUUUUGUGCGCGCAAGGCGUUGUUUCGGCCCAACUGUUCUCCUGCCCCCGCGCUGCCCUGAUGCGGUUUGGGUGAGAAGAAGCGCGUUGGGGGACGGCGCCCCGUUAGAACCCCUACCCCCCUCCCCCUCCCCUCGCUCUGGGUGUGCUCUUUGUGUCUGCUGUAGCUAUAUGUCCUGAUCAACCUCGAGUCGGGAGCGUCGCUGGUCGACUUUUUUUGCAGGGGGUGAGCUCAAUUUGGGGAGCGUUUGCAAUUCUUGAAAGGGAACAGGAAGUGUAGUUUCUAGGACGUGUAUUCUUGAAUUUAAGCAGGCAAGAGGUGAAGAAACAUGGUGCUCGUUGGGCUUAUUUUCGGAUGGCUGGUUGGGGUCGCACUCAUCUGUGGGUUAAAAGUUAUGAUGGACAGACGGAGCAGGAAGAGAACAAAGAAGGUUGCUGCGAUUGAGCUAUUCAACCUCAUAGAUGAAGUGGAACUCAAGAAGCUUUGUUCUGAUAGUUAUCCUAACCACGUCUCAUUCACCACCUACGAAAAGGUGAACUGGUUGAACUCUAUGUUGGAGAAGUUCUGGCCGUCAAUAUUAACGGCCACCGAAGAUAUGGUAAAAAUGAAGCUUGCUCCAGUGUUAGAAUCUUACAAGCCUACCGGGAUUUCGGCGCUCACAUUGGAUAAGUUUCAACUUGGGAAAACACCUCCCCAAAUAGAUGGGAUUAGAAUACAGAGGUUGGUCAAGGGUCAAGUGCACAUGGAUAUGGAUUUCAAGUGGGCUGGCACUGGUGAUAUCGUACUCAACAUUGGUUUCAUGGGCUCCAAAUUGCCCGUUCAGUUAAAAAACCUGUCCUUCUUCGCAACUAUUCGUGUCAUCUUUCAACUAUCAGAAGAAAUUCCGUGCAUCUCCGCUCUAGUUGUCGCUCUUCUUUCUAAGCCAAAGUUUCAAGUUAGUUAUAAACUAAAUGUUCUUGGAGGAUUCAACAACAACCUCCCUGGCCUAAGCGACAUGAUUGAGGAUAUGGUGGAGAGUUCUAUUGCGGAUCAGUUAGAGUGGCCUCACAGAAUUGUACUUCCUGUUGGAGACACUCCUGCGAACGUUAUAAGCGAUCUGGGAUUAAAGCCCCAAGGCCAGUUGAAGGUCACCGUUGUGAAGGCUGAAAAUUUGAAGAACCAAGAGGCUAUUGGAAAGUCGGAUCCUUACGUUAAACUGUAUGUACGAGUGCUAUUCAAAGAGAAAACCACCACGAUUGGGGACAAUCUGAAUCCAGUAUGGAAUCAAGAAUUCCUGCUUGAUGUGGAGGAUACCGAAACACAGGCUCUCGUGUUGCAGAUCAUGGACGAAGACGUUGGAUCAGAUAAGCAAAUGGGAAUUGCUUCAAUUCCUCUGAAUGAGUUGGUACCGGACACUGAAGUUUUGAUUACUCAAAAAGUACUAAAAUCUUUGGACACUGCGAGAGUUAAGGACAAAGGUGAUCGCGGGACCAUCACAGUGAAACUGAAAUUCCACCCGUAUACCGAGGAGGAGCAGGAGAUCGCUAUUUUGCGUGAGAAGGAAAUGCUCGCAGCAAAAGAGGCACUCAAGAAUAGUGGUGUUGUUGGAGGAGCUAUGGAUGCUGUGGGAGGAGGUGUGAAGCUGGUGGGGACAGGAAUUUCCACUGCUGGUUCUACUGGAGUGAAGCUGGUUGGCACUGGUGUUGGAGCUGUAGGCUCGGGUGUGGGUUUGGUAGGUUCCGGAGUGGUCAGAGCUGGCAGGAUGAUGAGCAGUGGAGUGAAGAGGCUGUCAAGCAGCAGCAGGCUUGCUACUUCAGUCGCUACCCCAGUGAAUGGUAGUCCUUUGCAUGAAGUGAAUGGCACUCAGAAGGUCAAAGAGGUGUAAUUUGCUGGUGUUAGUAGUUGGUAAUGACCUCUUAACUUUUGGACCAUUUGCAUACCUAAAACGCCCAUGGAGUCCAAAAAAACAGGUCGCGACUAAGUGACUGAGCUGGGAAUGAAUGUUACCUUCGGCUGCAUAUGCCAUAUGAUUGUUGCAUGCGAUUCUUACACAAGGUUUAUGCCUCUCUGAAGAUAAGUAUUUGUCUGUAGUGUGAAGCUGUAGUUCUUCUGAAGGUUGUGGAUCCACUCUUCUGGAGUUCACAUUGCGUUGUGUCGUUCAUUUCCCUUGAAAACUCCUGUGUAACUUGUAGGCCUAGUUGUGUACAUUGCAUCACAGUUGCAGAAGUACGGUUCACUUUUUUAGACAUCCUAGAUAUACAAAUGAUUGUCCGAGGUUCUUAGUUGGAAAGUGGCAGGCUUUUGUGGUCAGCAUGACAUUUACAUAUUUCACAUUCUCAGCUUGACGUGUAAAUUUACACGAUUUCUAAAGAAGUAACUUAUACUCUUAAUCUUUU